AUGGAGAUGCGUCACCGGGCAACACGGCGGAGAAGCGUGUGGAAAUGCUCUCAAAGGUAGUUUAGCAAUGUAGUAUCCAGCAUUUUACCACUUCAUGCUGCCCUUUUUGUGCAACCAUAAAAAGUGUGAAACCACGGAUAAUAAAGCAGCUUCUCCCCGGGAAUAAAGCUGUCCAUACUCUACUGUAACAGCCCUGCUUCUUGUGAGUAAACAGACCUGUUCAUCAGACUAUACAGUACACCAUGCCAGAAGACAAACAGUGUAAGCUGCUGCAGCCAUCCAGGACCUCUGACAAGAAAAAGAACAAGAACAAGAAGAAGAAAAGAAAAAAAGCCACUCCAGCCUCCUCCACCACUCCUCCAGAGAGUUCAGAGACACCUCCGGCUGUAUCUUUGCCCCCUGAGACCUCGCCUGUGUCCCUGCUGCCCCCACAGAGUCCAGGCCAGCCUAGAGCCCAGCUGCCCAAGCUCAGAGCUCCCAGUAAGAAGGACAGAAAGCGGCUCACUGGCAGCGGCAAGGGGAGCAAAAAACACCCCAAGGAUUCCACGCCCCUGCUGACAGCGACCAUCAAACUCAGUGGUGGUGGAGAGCUCAAUGCCCAGGCCAGUGAGAGCCUGAGGUGGGAGGGAGUGCUGGAGGACCCCCAGGCUGAGGAGAAGAGGUUGGAGCUGUACAGGGUCAACAGGCGGCAGCGUUACAUUACACACAGAGACGAUCUGGUAAAAGAAACCAUGGGUGCCUUGAGACAGACUUUUCCUAAAGAGAGCAAAGAGAAAAAGGCUUAAUCUGACCAACAGGAGUCAUUACUGCAUUUGAGCACAGACUGAAGUAAAGAAGCAAGUGAGAGGUGUUCAUCUCA